AUGUCACCUACCAGCGCAUCCAAGCUACCGCGCUUCCUCCAGUCCCCCGCCCAGCGCGAUCGCUCGCGCAGUCUCUCUAUAGACCCGCCACGCCCGUCGUCAUCGGCAUCCACGUCAUCGUCGACCGGCGCCAGACGCAAGUUCCUCGGGAUGGGCCGGGACAAGGACAAGGAGCGCGAGAGGGAGCGGAUAAGAGAGGCGGAAAGAGGAGACCCGAGCGCCGCAGAGCUGCUGGCGAUGGAGGAGGACGAGAUGGAUUCACCUCAAUACGACCCCGGCAUGGCGAGCAGCCCGCCCAGCGCCUAUGCCACGGCCCGCGCCCGAACCAGGGCAGACAGGCAAUUCAGCGCCUCCACCCCUCCCGGCUCGUCGUCUUCACACUCUUCACACUCCCAUUCCUCCCAUCCACACAGCCCCGCCACGAUGCAUAUCGUCCGCAGCCCCUCGCGCUUAUCUGCAAGCGGCGAUGGCGGUCUUACAACGAGGCUUAGUGGAUGGUUCUCCCAUUUGGCGGGCAGCACGUCCGACUUGUCGUUAACGGGCACAAUCGGGGCGGCGGCGUCGCUUGCGACAUCGACUUCUCGCACACUUUCCUCUUCAGCAAAAAAGCCGCGCAAAAACGAGGGCCAGGCGAGCGCGAAGACCGGCACAGGCGUUGGAGGAGGCGGCGGGCUGCUUGACAAGGCGGUGCGGUACUUGCUCGACGGGGACGCUAACCCGGACAGAAGUACUGCGGAGAUUUGGCUGAUGGGCGUGCGGAUGGAGGGCUGGAGCAGAGAAGACGAGGCGCGUUUUGCGCUUUCGCAACACCACCAUUCUUCUCAAUCGCCAAACUUAUCGGCCUCGCAGUCGACUGUGAGCAACAGCACCACUAACGACGAGCUCGGCCUGCCGGACCCCGGGCCGUGGCCGGCGGCGUUUCACGCUGCGUUUUAUGCGCAAGUGUGGUGUACAUAUCGGGCGGGCUUUCCGGAGCCGAUUCGGGACCUUGCGGGCGUGGAGGUGCUGGGAGCGCCAUUCUGUGCUCCUCCUAAUCCAGCGCAUCAUCACUUGCCGCCUGGGGUCCGCGCGCCGCCGAUGCAUUCGCCGACACAGAGCGAUGCAUCGGCCUCUUCAUAUGCUUCGUCUUCACCUUCGUCUUCUGCCCAUGGGCACCAUCAUGGUCAUGGACACGGGCCGCCGUCUGCCUCGUCGCAUUCAACUGCGUCGAGUACCGCAAGUAGUUCGGGGAAGAAGCGCUGGUGGGCGCUGCCGAUCUCGCUGGGGAGCUCAAAGGGGUGGUCGUCGGAUACGGGAUGGGGGUGUAUGUUAAGGACGACACAGAGCUUGUUGGCUACUGCGAUUGGGCGAGUUGGAGCGCCUCCACUUCUUCCAUGCCCACCUACUCCCUUCCCCCCGAAUUCACCUGCUGCCCACGCCGCCCACGCGCGGCUGCUGAGUUGGUUCGCCGAUUCGCCAAUGGCGCCGUUCAGCGUUCACCGGAUGGCGCUCGCGGGGAAGAAGGCGGGGAAAGAUGUGGGGAUGUGGUUCGGGCCGAGCGCCGCCGGCGUCGCGCUGAGGACUCUGGUGGACGCGUUCCCUGGCUGCGGGCUCGGGGUCGCUGUCGGCCAGGACGGCACGAUUUACGCGAGCGAUGUGCUCGCGGCUGCGCGUGCCCCGCCGGCGGGCGGGCCGGUGUUAAGGUCUUCUGCGUCGGGCUCGUCGAGGGGAGGCAGUGGGAAGGGGAAGUGGGACCGGCCGGUGUUGGUUCUGCUUGGGCUCAGGCUUGGGCUGGAUGGGGUGAAUCCGGUCUAUCAUGAGACGAUAAAGGCUCUAUUCACGUUCCCGCAAUCGGUCGGCAUCGCCGGCGGGCGGCCGUCCUCGUCGUAUUACUUCGUCGGCGUCCAAGGCGAUGGGCUGUUCUACCUCGACCCCCACCAUACGCGCCCGACUGUGCCGCUCCGCGCUUAUGUCGACGAUGAGUUCACGUCUUCUACCUCGGGGGCGGGCCCGGGCUACGGCUACGGCCGGGGCGGGAGUAUGAGUCCGGAGCGGGGCAAUCGGGGCGGGAGCAUGAGCCCCGAGCUGGUGCAUCGCGCGGGGAGCAUGAGCCCGGACCCGUUCCGCCCGAUGACGGAGGACGAGCUCGUGUUCAACCCCCGCGCGCGCCGGUCGCCCCGCCCGCCGGCGUCUCCUGCGGCCGGGCCGGGCACCGCCGGGGCCGGGGCUGGAUAUGGGAACGGGCCAGGUGCGAUGUCGCCGGCGGAGGAGGCGCACUGGGCGCGCGCGUAUGCGCUCGCGGACAUGCGCACGUACCAUUGCGAGCGCGUGAGGAAGAUGCCGCUCGCGGGGCUGGACCCGAGUAUGCUGAUUGGGUUCGUGGUGCGGGAUGAGCGGGAGUGGGCGGAUUUGAGGAGGCGGGUUGGGGAGUUACCACGCACGAUCUUCGCGAUCCAAGACGAGCCGCCAAGUUGGGGCGCCGAUGACGACGACGAGCUCGAAGGGAUAUCCGAUCCAGAGGAGGAGCCGGUUGCGGAGCUCGAUGUCGAGGGCGAUAAUGAUAACGACCUUGAGAACGAUAACGACGAGGCCGACGACGGGGACGUGUCGAGUUGGAGCCGGCCGGCGCCCGCAUUUGGCAAGCAGCAUUUCCACUCGGAUUCUGCGUCGACUACGCACUCGCGCUCAACAACAGGCACGGGCACGGGGAGCAGCGCGAGUCAGGGCGAUACAGAGGACUCGGAGGGGCCGGUCGGGCCGAUGACGCCGCUGCCUGGGGCUGGUUUUGAUUUGCGCCGGGCGGGGACGGGCAAGGGCGGCGGGUUCGUGGCGCGGGAAGAGGAGGAUGAUGAAGACGAAGAUGCAGAUGGGGAUGCGGAUGGGGACGACUUUGUUGACGCGGCGAGCGAGAUUGUGGACGACCGGGAGGAUGAUAUCGAGGAUGAUUGGGUGGACCCGGUUUCUUCACCCCCGUCGUCAACGGCCUCUUCCGGGGCGCCGCCGCCAAGCACGAAAUCCAAGUCGUCCGCGUCUACUGCGUCUACCGCGACCGACAGCAAACAUAAAAGCGCAUCAAGCAGCGCGCGCCGGCUGAAGAGCAGCAAGGGGAAGAAGGCGGUGCCCGUGCCGGUCCCGAGCGUGCAUUACCCGUUCCCUGGCUCGGGCGAGGACGUUGUUGUUGCGCAUGAGCGGGAGCGCGAUCGGAACGUGACCGUCGUCGCGCCGAAGGUGAAGGUCCCGCAGCAGCAGCACCAUGGCCAGCGCCGCGCGAGGGACGGGGGGAGGACGCAGAGCGGGGGCGUGAGGGGCGUGUUGACGGAGGAUUGA